AUGGGCACACCCCAUUCGGACGUUAUAGAGUCCACAUUAACAGACCUAUAUCAAAUAACUAUGGCAUAUGCUUAUUGGCAAGCAGCUAAGACCGAAGACCAUGCAGUCUUUGACGUCUACUUCCGCAAGUGCCCCUUCAACGGCGAGUUCGUAGUCUGUGCUGGUAUAGACGAGGUUGUGAGGUUCGCCAAUACGUUCUGUUUCACUCCAAUGAAUAUAGAGUAUUUGAAAACCCAACUUCCUACUGCAUCCGAUGAGUUCUUCCAAUACCUCCUCACACUAGAUGCUAAGGACGUUACCAUACAUGCUGUCAGAGAAGGCGACUUUGUAUUCCCGCGGGAGCCGGUCCUACGUGUUGCUGGCCCACUCAUUGUAUGCCAGCUGCUGGAGACAGGCAUACUCACUCUCCUCAACUUCCCUUGUCUUAUAGCCACACAGGCAGCGAGGUUACGUAUAGCUGCUGGCGACUCGGCUAGGCUCAUGGAGUUCGGUUGUCGUCGAGCCCAAGGUCCAGAUGGAGCUCUCUCGGCUAGCCGCUACGCCUACAUUGGAGGCUUUGAUGCCACAUCCAACGUUAAAGCUGGUCAUGCAUUUGACAUACCCCUGGGUGGUACACAUGCUCAUGCCUUCGUGACUAGCUUCCAUGGACUUGAGGAUCUUGAUCAUCCCUGCAGGCCACCAGAUACGAGUAAUUAUAACCCAGACCCGAGGUAUAAGUCUUGGCUAUCUUUGUUAGAUGAUCCUCUUUCGGCUCGUGUGAGAACCAAAGAAUUUGAGCAGGCCUGCGUACGAGCCAGGAUAGACCUCUGCAUUGCUUUAGAUUUAAGGGUACUAGCUUAUGUCGCUCAUAUCCCACCACACAUUGAUCAGGUAGAGAUGUGUAAUGAUGGCGAACUAGUGGCGUUUAUACGCUACGCCCAGGCCUUCCCAUCGGCCUUCCUUGCACUAGUUGAUACCUUCGAGACUCUAUCUUCUGGCAUCCCCAACUUCAUCAGUGUUGCCCUUGGUCUAUGGAGGAUCGCCUCCUCCAAGGCGAUAGGGAUACGUCUAGACAGUGGCGAUUUGGCAUAUCUCAGUAUCAAGACUCGAGAGCUCUUCCUUCGUGCUGGUGAUGCGUUCGAAUCUGAGGGAUUCUCCUUCAUAAAAACCACCACUAUAGUAGUGUCCAAUGAUAUUAACGAGGAUGUGAUGAUAUCCCUCAAGGAACAGAAGCAUUGUAUCGAUUCAUUCGGCAUUGGCACCAAUCUGGUGACUUGCCAAGCUCAACCAGCCCUGGGGAUGGUAUACAAACUAGUUGAGUUGAAUGAUCAGCCCAAGAUGAAGUUAUCUCAAGACAUAGCCAAACAGGGAAUCCCAUCGCGGAAGGCGCUAUUCCGUCUUUACGGUAUGGAUGGUAUCCCUAUACUAGACUUGAUGCAAGGGGUUGAUGAGCCGGAGCCGAAGCCCCAUGAGAGGGUAUUCUGCCGCCACUUGUUCGACGAGCAAAAGAGAUGCUAUGUGAGACCUGAACGAGUAAAGAAUAUGCUCGUUUGUAUUUGGGAUCAUGGUACUGAUAGACUUCUAUCACCCGCACAAUUUCGAUGCUGUAGGGAACAGUUCGAUAAGGUCAGGCGGUCCUUUAGACAGGAUCAUCUUAGACCCGUUAACCCCACACCGUACAAAGUGAGCACCUCUGGGGAGUUCUUCGAUUUCUAUAGACAAUUCUGGCAGGAGACGGUACCAGUCAGAGAGUUCAGUUAA